AGUUAACACUUGAGUGUCACGACAGAGGGUUCAGACGUAGAGAGGGGCAGACUGAGAUCUGAGAUUCACAUCCAAACUGCACGAAAUGUUACAGAGAACAGCAUCCAACGUGUCAGACAAAGCAAAGAGCAACAAGCCAAAGCGCUCAACAAGCUUUGGCAGGUUUGAGGGUCUGCGUCAUCACUCCCCACAAGCUAAAACAGAAGAAAAUGGGUCAAAUAUGCUCACAGAAGAAUGUGAGAGUCCAGACUCAAACAAAUCAGUUGGACUGGGGAAGAAGAUGAAGGCCAUUUCGCUGACCAUGCGCAGAAAAAUGGGCAAAAAACACGCAAAGUCAUUAUCUGAGGAAACAGCUGAUGACACAGACAAGGACCCAGAGGUGGAGACAGAUGGCAGCCCUGCAGCCGAGAAAACCUCUGCAAAGACAUGCAACUCCCUAGAGAGUCUUUACAGCGGCCAGAGCUCCUCCAGUGGUGUGACCAGUGAAUCCAAUGGCUCUGGUCAGAGGGACAGUCUGAGGCUGGAGGAGGAUGGUUCCUACCAGGGGCAGUUCUGUGGCAGAGCUCGUGUCCACACAGACUUUGUUCCCAGCCCGUACGACACAGAUUCCCUCAAACUAAAGGUGGGCGACAUCAUCAACAUCAUCAGUAAGCCUCCGAUGGGCAUCUGGACAGGCAUGCUAAACAAUAAAGUGGGCAACUUCAAGUUCAUCUAUGUGGACAUUUUGGUGGAGAAGGAGGAGGAAGAAGCUCCCAAGAUCCGACAACAGAAGCUCUGCAAAAGGCCGCGGCCCAAAACCUUGCUGGAGUUACUCGAGCGGCUCAAUCUCAAGGAGUACGCCUCGGCCCUGCUGCUCAACGGCUACGAGACGGUGGAGGACCUGAUGCACCUGCAGGAGAAACACCUGAUAGAGCUGAACGUCAAAGACCCCGAGCACAGACAAAGGCUUCUCGCUGCUGCUGAAUGCCACUACACGGAAGGUAAUGAUGUCAAGGAUGAGGAGGAGCGUAAUUCCUCCCACAGUCCACAGGAGGAAGACAGUGACUGUCCCAGAGACUCAGGCUGCUUCAUCCCAUCUGAAUGUUCAGACGUCAAAGAAGAAGCGGAUCAACUCACAGACACUGUUGAUUCUUAAUGUGCUCAGUUUGACAGAUGGAUAUUAUUAUUAUAAGUUUUGGGGGUAACAUAGAGGAUACAUUGUGAUACAAUGAUUUCUAUUCACGUCAUCUGAUCCAUUUGUCACUUAUAAAGAUAAUACGAAGAUUUUUUUUUUAUUUUACAUGUACGUUAUUCAAAUAAUGACAUUGAUUAAAGAUCACAUAUUUAUUGCAUUUAAAAUCAUUCUGUGUCUCCACAUAUAAAGCCUUUAUUUAUCUCAACUACGUUUUUACCUUUUUCAUGACAUCUGUUUUUUAAACUUUUUUUGUUGCUGUUGUUUUCUUUGGUUAAAUAAUGUAUAUUCAGAUAUUGGCCUAUAAUGUAAACUGUACAUAAUUUUUUUUCUUGUGUUUGUGAAUGUCAGUCAGAAAGUCAGAAAUGUCAGGGUUUGAUCUGUUUGCACGUUUUGUAUAUAAAAGUAAUAAUAAUAAUAAUAAUAAUAAUUUAAAAGUGUU